GCAGAUUUGGGCCCCGACCAUGAAGAUCCCGCUGCUGGUCUCCACGGGAAUCCUGCUGGUCACCCUCCUGCCCUGCCAGGAGUGCAGAGCGCUCAGCAAGGCGCCGGUCGCCGCCCACGGGGCUCUGCACCAGCCAGAUUUCUUCCAGCAGCAGCAGCAGCAGCAAACUCUGCCCGUCCUGCUCCGCAUGGGAGAGGAGUAUUUCCUGCGCCUGGGCAACCUCAACAAGAGACCCGUCGGCGCUCUCUCCGCCUCUUCCAGCGGCACCAGCCACCUGCAUCCCGAAGCCUCCGCCAGCAACUUUUUCCGGGCGGCGGUGCAACAGCUGCCCGAGCGCUCGCUGGGGAGCUCCGAGGAGGGCGAAGCCGAGGGGGAGGCCGUGGAGAGGGAGAAGCGAUCCGAGGAGCCCCCCAUUUCUCUGGAUCUGACUUUCCACCUCCUGCGAGAAGUCUUGGAGAUGGCCCGAGCCGAGCAGUUAGCGCAGCAAGCUCACAGCAACAGGAAACUGAUGGAGAUAAUCGGGAAGUGAAACGGCCCCUCCCCGCCUUGCCAAAGAGAUUCCGCGGUGAGCACAAGAAGUAAUUACACCGUCCGAUGUACCAUAGUGCUGCUCUGAUGUCAUCUCUUUAUUUUUAUAUAGCUUUAAACCUAGAAGGGUGUACUCCGAACAGCCUCUCUCCCUUGACUAGCAUGCACAAACCGUGUACCAAGUGCAGAAACACGAGUGUCGUUCGUAACCUCCCCCCUACCUUUAUUUAUUUCUCCGUUUCCCGGUUAUUCUAGUGCCAUCGCGACGUAGGGAUGUGUGAGCACCGGCAGACGUGGUGCCGAGAAGACAGAUAACUUUUCUGCUGGGGGCAGGGAGGUGGGAGGGGGGAAUCUCUGUCAGCUACUUUGAAUUCCACUUUUUCCCUGUAAACAUUUUCACAAUAAA